UGGCCAAUAUGAAAUCAGUUAGACAAUUACACUAAUACAGCAGGUUUCUGAAAUUAAAAACUCAAUCUUCAUUUCUAUUUACAGCUCUCAUCUCAGCACCCAUAUGCAGAGGUUUAUAUUGGGAAGCCCCAUGUUUGGACAGUUGACAUUGACAACCCCAGUGAAGUAAAGGAAACAAUGCGUCAAAUAAUGGAACAGAAGUCUGUCCCUCAGCAAGUAAACCUGGACUUUGGAAUGUAGCAGUAUGCAAUACUCAGUUGACGCAGAGUAUCUUUCACCAGUUUGAUGGUCCUCCAGGUGCAGUUAGGUUGACCCAUAUUUGCCAUAUGAAUUCACAAGUGAAGGAAUGCUGGAGAGAUUAAAUGUUUUUAUUGAAAAACAAGAUUUUUGCCGUCAAAGAGAAAAAUGGCCACCGCUGACUGCACUUAGAGUUAAAAUGGCCAAACCUUCCCAGUCAUGUGUUGAAGCCUGCCAAAGAGAGCAAUUAAUCUGUGAACCUGCCUUCUUCUAUCAACUCAACAAAGAAGUUGAGCUUCAGAGAUAUGAAAUAUACUGCAAUUCUUUAAAAACAGAAAGUGAUUUGUAUCUGCCAGCAUUUAACCCGGAAAACAAAAUGUGCCUGUUCCAGUCGGAUUACUUACUCUUCAGCUGUGCAGGAUCACAUGAACAUUACAAUCGAAUCUGUCCAUGUCGAGAUUAUGUCAAAGGACAGGUUGCUUUCUGCCAGGAUUGUUUGAAAAAUGAAGCACAUAACUAAGCUUGUAUCAGAGAUGGUAGGAACUGCAGAUGCUGGAGAAUCUGAGAUAACAAGGUGUAGA